AUGGGUUAUUGCAUCAGCAAAUCCAAUCCCAAAUCCCAGUUCCAAGUGGCAGCAGACGAUCAGUUCUGCAACAAUGCUACCACUCUAAUUCCCUCUCAUCAUUCAAACAAAAUCUCACAAUUUCCUUCUUCCCCUUCACAUUCCUCCUCUUCGGCUUCCCUCAGCUCAUCGAGCUCAACCUUAUCAAGUAGCGCUUCUUCGGUUUCGAGCAGUUCAAAUAUCGAGAGAUCGUUCUCCAACGAGUUCUUGUGGUUUUGCUACAAAGGAAACCCGCAUAUAUCUCGCAUUGCUUUAAUCAAGGAAGCACAAAAACCAGUUUCGGCAGCAACGUUGAGAAAACAGGAGCAGCCAAGCCCAAUAAACAGAGGAAAUGGGAAUGCUAAAACGACGCCGCAGAAGAGAGUCCGCACAAGUACUUCACCAACUUUAAAGCGACAGAAGAGCUUCCGUAAAAAGCUGGAGAUUCCCGUGAUCUCUGCAUGUCCUAGAAGCUUGAGGUCGCCGUCUCUAAGUAGAAGGUUCAAUAGUCCAGCGAGAGAUACGCAGACAAGGAUUCACAGGAUCAGUUCCAAAAUCGAUGAAGUUGCUGUAAGAGAAGCUCUGGCUCAAGACCAUUAUAUGGAGUCUGUUCCUGAGGACAUUGAUAACCCUCUAAUUUCUUUGGAUUUUUUUUAUUUUCUUGUAGAAAAGUUAACGUCGAGUGUAGUAGAGAAUAGAAAAGGUUUCAUUUAA